ACCCAGUCCAAAACCGAAAUCGAUCAUUCAUACUUUCUGAAAUGGCGGAGGGUCACGUUUAUGAGGUGGAAAGGAUCCUCUGCAUGAGGCAGAUAAAUGGAGUGGGGGAGUACCGAAUCAAGUGGAAGGGCUUCCCAAGUCCGGAGUUUGACACCUGGGAGCCCCUGGAAAAUCUAGGCUCAUGUAAACAGCUCCUGAAACAGUUCGAGGAGAACAACCGGAAGAAGGAAUCACAGAAGAAAGUGAAGGAGAAAACAAGAAAAAUUGCGCAAGGACUGGUAAAGAAAAGUAAACAGUUGAAAAACAAGUCAGGGACGACUGUGAAGGUGAAAAAAUUGGACAGAGAAAGCAUAAAGGGUAAUAUAUCGGGGAAGAAGUCAUUAACUAAAUGUGCCUCUGAUGGGAAGAAAGUUAAGAAGCUUAAAGUUGUAAUAGCGAAGAAGGCUUCGUCCAAGUCAAACUCUGGCAAAAAGGCUAAAACUGCACAGCUGAAGAAAUCUGUCAAAGAUAAAUCAGAAAAGCCGAAAAAGACAGUCAGUCAGGAUAAAUCUAUACAGAAGAAAUCUAACUCCAAGGACAAAGUUAAGAAGGUGACAUUGGAAGGAACUUGUAAUACUAAAUCUAUAAAACUUUCAAGCACAUGUAAUGUCAAGAAGCUUAAUAUAGGAAAGAGCAAAACAAGUCUACCCCCGAAGAGCAAGUAUAGUGGAAGCAAUAAUAUAUCAGAUGUUCUAGUCCAGAAAGGGGUGAAGAGAAAACUUGAAUCAGAGGUGGAAAUUCUCUCGGACUCUGACAGUGAUGAAGAUAUUCUUUAUUCACUGAAUGAUGUGGUUACGGACUUGCCAUGUGUGAAGGGCGAGGUGGCAUCCACAUUGGGAAAUAAUAAACCUAAGGAUAAGGACAAGCAUGUCGACAGGAAAAUUGUGGAGAAGAUAAAAUCAAAGUGGGAACAAGAUUCUGAUGGUAAAACAGUGAAGCGGCGACUGGCAUUGAUAGACUCGGUGAAGAAAAAGAAAGGGUCUUUGAAUCCUUCAGAUCCAGCGUUGCCUUACUUCUCAUCAGUCAAGCCCAUCACAGCCCCUGCCAGGACACCCAUGCCCGGCUCGUCCCUCCUGUUGGACAAGUACUAUGGAGACAUCCCGUCGUUCCCGCUGUCACAGAGUAUGAUGCCAGUCAGCCCAUCCUCCAUCUCAUACAAGGCGCUGCUGGCCAAUCUCCCGAUGCAGAUGCAUCCCAAGAAGAACAAGAAGGUGGUGGAGAACGACCCCGAGGAGAAGGUGGAGCGGCGUAUCAGUGUCCGCACCACAGAGUACGCCUUCCGCUACAAGCAGAUCGUGGUGAAGAAGUGUGAUGGCUACACACAGAUCUGGCUGAAUACUCACACGGCUCUUAAGAACGCCAUUGAUCCACAGGUGGUUCAUGAGAUCGUGUCUGCCCUCAACUCCGCCAAAUACGAUGACAGCAACCUGGUGAUGCUGAGCAGCAUCGGCAACGUCUUCUGUUCUGGUAUUGAUCUAAACUUCCUAACGACCGGGGACCGGAGAAUAGCAGCUAGACAGAUGGUGGAUGCUGUCAGGGAUCUGAUCAAGACAUUCAUCACGUUCCCAAAGCCGAUCGUGGCCGCUGUUCCUGGUCCAGCUAUAGGCCUGGGCAUGGCCAUCCUACCUCUCUGUGAUGUAAUCUAUGCUAGUGACAAGGCACUCUUCUACCUCCCAUACUCCCAACUGUCUCAGACACCGGAGGGAUGCAUAUCAUUCACACUACCUCUUGCUGUUGGACUUGCUGUGAGUAACGAGUUGCUGUUUGCUGGCCGGAAGAUCACUGCAAUGGAGGCGUACCAGCUAGGUCUGGUGUCACAGGUGUUCUGGCCGACCAGUGUCAUGCAGGAGGUCAUACCUCGGGUGCAACACAUGUCCAUGUACUCCGCCAAGGCAAUGGAAGCAACGAAACUCCUGAUUCGCAGUCACCACCGUACCAAGCUGGAACUGACCAAUGAGACAGAGUGUAACUUACUGUUGGAGAGAUGGAGUACAGUUGAAUGUCACCGUGCUAUCGAGACAUACCUCAGCGAUGAGAAGAACUUCCUCCUGUAACUCCCUCACUAACUUGUGGCCUCCAUUGGACUCUCAACACACUAUGGAGAUCUCAGUGAUGAGAAGAACAUUCUCCUCUAUGUCCCUCACUAAUUCACUGCCUCACUAUGGAGACCUCAGUGAUAUGAGGAACGUUCUCCUCUCACUAUCUCACCAUACUCAGGCAACACACAGGACAUGUUGUAGCUCUUCACACUGACCCCUCGGGGCAGCCAAAUGACCAUUUAUAGAAGCAAUACUCCUCAGGGAUAUGGCUGGACUUUCUAACUGUGACCCCCGGUAAUCUCAGUAAUAGUUAGGGGGUGACAGCAUGGCAUGAUGUCUACUGUUAUCACACAACACUUUUCUUCCAUGAACUUAAAUGUCAGAGCAUUUGGUAUGGUGAUAUCCUUGUUGAUCUUAGUGAAGAACCAGACAAAAUCUGAUCUUCUGAUAAAUUUUUAUUCUCCUUGAGGCCAGUGGGGUAGCCGAGUGGUUAAAGUGUUCGCUUGUC